GGUGUUGGGACCAGACUGUUGUUUGAGGCAGUGAAUUCUAACACGACCUACAUCAUGAUACUAGGAUCAGGAUGCUCUGAGGUGGCCAAGACGGUAUCACUGGCAGCAGAUCUCUGGAAUAUUGUACAGGUGUCUUAUUCUGCAUCCAGUCCAGCUUUAUCCAACCGUGAAGCUUACAUGUCAUUCUUCCGUACGAAUGUCGCCGAUUCUCUCUACAAUUACGCCCGAUUGGCGAUAAUAAAGCACUAUGGAUGGCAAAGAGUCGCCACACUUCACGAGAAUCAGGAAGCUUACUCUACGGCGGUGAAUCUGUUCAGUGAACUCCUGGCAACCAAUGGAAUCAAUCUGACUACUUCAGAGAGCUUUACAGUAGAACCAGGGGAACAGAUAGACAACCUAAAGGAGAAGGGAGCAUGGAUCAUUUUCGGCAACUUUCAGGAGGUCAUGGCGAGGAAGGUGUUCUGUGAGGCUUACAAGAAGAAGCUUUACGGUAAGAACUAUGCCUGGUUCCUACUUGGUAAAUACAGUCCUCGGUGGUGGGAGGUAGAUGAUAACAGUACUAGCUGCACUUCUCAACAGAUCUAUACUGCAUUGGAUGGUUAUAUCUUGACCGAUUCAGUCCCGAUGAGUCUUUACCCGGAUAGACCAACCAUCUCAGGACAUACAUCUGCGGAGAUUGCCGAGGUGUUCCGAACCCGAGCCGAGCAGGAUGGACUCGAUGAUGGACAUGUGACGUCAUAUGCAUCUGAUGCCUAUGAUGCAAUGUGGAGCAUUGCCCUUGCUUUAGAUCAGGCUACAAAAUCACCAAAUGAUGAUUCAGGCAAUGCUGCUGGUCCACUACACGAGUUUUCGUAUGAGACUCGAGAGACAAGAGAGCAUUUUAUCAAUACUCUCUCAACGCUCCAAUUUGAAGGCUUUUCGGGAUCUGUAAGUUUCACUGAUGCUGGUGAUCGUGAAGGACUAAUCGAGAUUCGUCAGGUCAUAGAUGGUGAGGAGACUGUAGUUGGACACUAUUCAUUCCAUGGUGAUGAACAGCUUGGGUCAGAUCUGAAUAUCACUGAUAUCCAAUGGCCAGGUGGCAGCCCUCCAAAAGAUGAGACGACAGAGAAGAUAGUGUUCAGCACGACCCCGAGGCUCUAUCUCUACGUAGCUGGUGGUCUAUGUGCUGCAGGUGUACUGUUCGCCUCUAUCUGUCUUUUAGCUACUAUCAUACUCUGGGAGAGAUCAGCCUUCUACCGAGCUUCUCCCUUAUUCCUGGUGCUAGGUCUGCUUGGCUGUAUAGGGAUGUACGUCUCCAUCUUCUUAAUGGGUGUAAGCAGUGACGUCAUCGGCCCUGAGAACCAGGUCUUACUAUGCACGGUUCGAUCUUGGACCAUGACUCUGAGUUUCUGUUUGGCCUACGGCGCCCUCUUCGCCAAGAUCUAUCGAGCUCAUAAACUACUCGUCUCUAAAGCAAAUCUGUGGAAGCCGGGAGGUCAUUUUCCAUUGAUGUUUCGGUCGCUGAUGUCUCUCUUUCUCUUCUGUGUGAUUGUCCUCAUCGUCUGGACCGUCUGGUUUCCGAUUCAACGAGAUGUCGUCUCAUCGGGAAACGAGGUAAGAUGA